GACCGUGGUGGUGGUGGUGGUGGAGGUGGGGGAGGAACAGGGCUGGAUAGAGCACAGUCUAGUUGGUCAGAAACAAAGAGCUGGUCCGGCUUCUCCGGAGCCUUUUGGUGUUUUGGUUCUAGAACUGUGUUGGUGAGGUUCUAACGGAGAUCUUGAAAAUCACACAGAUGAAGAGGUGUCCCAGGAAGAUGAGAGAGAGCGUCAAGAGGAGGCCGAACUCCAGAUGGUCAUGGGGCAGACUAGGGCUAAUAGAACAUCUGGACAAACAUCUGAAUCUCCCUCCAGUCCCGUCCUACUUCCUGUGAUGUCAAGCUGACGCUUUUAAAGGGGGAUCACUGACCCUCUGAAGAGUUUGGCAUGGGUAACGACAGCAAACGUCAUUCUGCUCAACAACAGCUCCAUCAGAGCACAUCCGGAGUGCAGCUGGUGAGAGCCUGCCCCUGCCCUGGCCCCUGCUCCAGUGCUGCGGAUGCACUUAAUGCCCCCUGCAGACCAGCCACAAGCUCAUCUGGCGCUCGGAGAGAGAAAACCUCUUAUCAUAUUAUACAAGCUAUCGAUCAGUGCCUGUCUGCAUAGCCCACCCCUCCCUCUGCACACGUCCUUUCCCCCUUCAUCCGGCUCCGUCCUCUCUCCAUUAUGCUGGGAGCAGCCAGAGCACAGCUGAUGUCGGACACAGGGCCUGGCAGCGAGAGGAAGGGGGACCAUCACUAGAGAGGAUGGGGUCAUCACAACACAAGAUGAAUGUUUGUGAUGAUCUGGAUGCAUCUGUGUGCUGGACGACCUCUCUGCAAGGCUGCGGACUUCCUGGGGGCGUGGUCAGGAUGGAGCCGGCCAAUCCGCUGAAUGUGUGGAUGUGGGCGUCUACACAGUGUGAGCUUUGGAGGGGCGCCUCCUCACCGAACACACACCUGUCAAACAGUGAGGUGCUAAUCCCAGUGGAAAAAGGACAGCAGAUUAGGCAUGUUAUCUCCCAGCUAGAGAGCCCUGAUUUACACAGAUGCUGUAAUAGGCAUAGGUGGAGAUGGCUGCUGGAGGAGAAGAGAGUGGGUGUCCAUCUGCAAGCUCACAGGCUGGCCUGGGUCGCCCCUGAGCUGCACCAGAACACCAGGUGUACAUGGCAGCCAGCAACCAGUCCUACACCUCGCUUUAGCCUGUGUGGUCAUGAUUCAGCCAGAAGGGAGGCCAUAACGUUCCCAGACGCCAUGCAACAGUCUUUGGAAAGCAUGGCGGAGGCCACCAGGAUGAGCUGCCACAGAGGUGAGGGCCAUAUGAAUUUAAACUCCCCACCAAAUAACACAGCUUCUCUGAGAUAUGAGACACUUGGAGCUCAUGGGGAUAAUAUAAAUGGACUUAAUAGUUACUUCACAGGAGCAAAUAGAAUUCCUGUCAUAUUCUUCAAAGUUGUGUACACUGUACCAGCGGAUUGUUCUCCCGGUCAUUGGACAUACAGUUCAUUCCUUUCAAACUAUCGUGGUACACUGAACAGCCCCACACUUUCAAGGGCUAGAGCUGAAUCUAGUUUGAUUUCGUCUCCUUGGGAGGAAACCGUUCAAGACUACAACCACAAUGACUGCUUGCUGAGGACCACACUGAACAAUCCUUGUCCUCCAAAAGUGACUUUAUCCUCUAGGUUGCUUCCUGGCCGUUUCUUUGCAUCUUGUUAUCCAUUCCUCACAGUGCUACCAACACCUUUGCUUCCUGAAGAUACUCUACUUGGGCAUAGUGCUAGUGCAGGGUGGAAGGCAGUCGACAGUGACUCUCCAUUGGAGGCUGAAGCAGACUUUGUUGCGGACACCUCUGGUGACCAAGUCAACCGCUGGUCAGACAGCAGCACGUCCACCAGUGAUGGCUCGGAGAUUGAAGAUUCAGACAGCGAUGACGACAGCGACACGUCUGAUACCUCCUGUCAGCAGGAAAUCUCUCAUGGGAAUGAAUCACUCAUUGACCAGACAGGAUAUUGUAGCCUGUCCAUCCUCAAGAGGUCUCUGGGGAAGGCACACCUGCGCUCUGCAUCGUCUGAAUCCUCAGAAGAGCACAAUACAACCCAUCUUAAGAAGAGAGUGUCUUUCUUUGAGGAGGUCAUCAUUUCUAUUUUUGACAAGGAGGCCCCCACCCAGGACUUAAGAACUCCAUGUAGCUCAGUAGACAUUCAGAGCCAGAGGUCAGAGACCAUUAUAUCUGUAUCUACCAGUGAAUAUGCUGAUCCAUUCUCAGCGGAUGAGAACCAUCAUGAUGAAAAUGAUUUGGAAUGGGAGGAUGAGUUCUCCACAGGUAUGCCCUCUUUCCCUGUUGUGAGGAGGGCCAAUCAUUUUCACCAGUCUCAGAUCUCUGACACGUCACAGCAUCCACACAGCUCUGCGUGUUGUCAUGACUGGGUGAACCGCUCCACCUACUCCAUCACCCACAUCACAGACUCUGACUUGGAGUGAAAAGGCAAACUCAACAGAACUCGCUCUAUAAAGGACACAAACACACCUGUUUCUUCAUCAUAUGGAGAUUAGAAAUGGCUAAUGCAAUUAGCAAUAAAGUUUUCUACAAGAUAUUGAGAAGACUCCAUUUUCCUUUUGGCAGUAGUUUAUUAACUGUUCAGUAUUAUUGGAUGGUGGCAUUAAAGUUGUUUCGCAAUAA